AUGAGUCUAUUCCCGAGAAAAGAUACGGAUGGCAUAAGGCUCGAGAAUAUACUGAAAUACCUGGGGAUACUUCUUGUAAUACUGCUUGUGACCUAUUCCUACCAGGAGAUGAAGAAGUGGGUAAAAAGAAAUGUGAAGGGCAGCAGUUUGGCAGGAGGAAAUAAAUAA